UCUUCGGUGAGACAAGACACUUGAUUGGGGAGGUGACAUCCCUGACAUGACAGCCUCUUUGCUUCCGGAGAACGCUCAAAUUCAUAAUUGAGAUUCGGCGCCUCAAAAUCACUUGAUGACUUCGCGGAAAGUCUAUCCAGUGCAUACCAUAUUUCGUCAUGAGAAAUUAGGCAGCAAUCGUGCGAUCCCUAUCAGCGACGUUAGGCUUUAUUGGGUGCGAAAUGGUGCAACUGCAUCCCUGGAGGACGUCGACGAUCAGCCUCUGUAUACUGACGAGAAAGAACUGCCCGAGUCGACGGCAUGUGCUCAGGGACUGGUGGAUGUGCCUAUUCAUUGGAUCUCUCCGGCUGGAAGAGAAAUCCUCUUCAAUGACAAUGUUCUCAGUCGAUGGACGAUUAAGGAGACCUCUGGCCUUCGCCUUUAUGUCUCGUUCCGAUACUGGAUUUUUCAUUUUCGAGAUGAUAGACACGGUUCGGAGGACUCCCUCAUCCUUCAUAGCAGGGAGUGUUAUCCAGAUUUCCAAGUUCGCAAAUACAGAGUAAUGAACAUGGAGAUUAAUACGCUUUAUGCGUCGCUCCCGUGCCUCAACCGGGCUGAAAUUUUUAGUGCAAUAAAAAACGUGUGCUUAAGAACGAGGGACGAUGACAUUAAUCGAACACCUAAGUGGCUCAUAGAUGAGGCAGGCGCUUUCCAUUUUAUUCCACACCAGACCACUUUCAACGCUCUCAUAGUUGUUUGAUAGAAGAGAGCUUGGAUUAUCCCCAACGAGAGACGUUGUGGAGCUCCUCAUCGCGUCCUAUGCGUCUCACAUUUCAAGAUGGCUGAACUCAGAUGUCCGACAAAAGCCACACUUUCCCAAGCGUGGCUUGUUUGAUAAUUGGACUAGGGACAUGGCACCGUACAUUCAGCGGAAUGCAGGUAACAAUGGUCGGCCUCGCCUUCCGGCUAUUGUUUGGAGUCUAAGACAUUGGAUGGAAGAGCGCCGUUGGAAUACAAGAGAACUCCAACGCAUGGCUGACAGAGGUCCGUUUGUCCCUCAACGCCCACCGGGCAACCGACCAAAACCACGGAACCCGACCGCCCCCAGGGAUGAUGCCAUCAUCAUUGAUUCAGACGAUGAAGCUGAGGCCAGAAGGGGCUC